UCAACAUGCCUCGGUUUUCCAAUCGUGACUCGUGCCAUAUCGAUCUAAAUUGACGCUACGAUGACGGUUCCACACAUAUGCCAGCAAUGCGCUUUGAAAUGGCUUGGUAACGCAAACGAUCCAUCCGACUCGUAUCUCGCGAGCAACAAGAUUUCUUGGUAGCUACAACUAUGGAAAGCGUUUCCGCCAUAAUUUUGGGCUUGAUCCUGAUGUUACCGCUGCUCGUACAACUGCAGACGCUUGUCCUGCAGCAGCCUUGGAAGUUAUUCACGACGUUACGGGACCGCUCGACGAAGAGCAGGAACGACCGCGACGCCCGAUGCAGGCACAACAUAAUACAAUACUAUCCCAAGUUACCGGACCUAUUAAACUCCGAUUCUGAAUCCACAAUGCUGGUAUGCCCGACGAGGAUCGUCCUGUCGUCACCUGUCGUGUCACGUGUCGCGUCUGUUGGCCAGCAGCAGCGGCCGAUUAGAAAAACGAUCCCGCUGGCACAGCACUCGUCGUCCUUCGUGGCGACGCGAAUCGAACUGCCGGUGGUGGACAUAACGUGCAAUUACAAUUCCUAUCGUUACAAGAGUCUCGAAGAGAGUCUGAGGAAGCGAUAUGGUGCGAAUUACCCGCCGGGCGAAGUGGUGUUAAAUUACAUUCAAUUGAACACGCCAGAUUCCAGGACAGGACAAUGGAACAACGUUGGUGACGAUCUUCUGGACUUUUUCAACAAUAAUAACACCAGCACGUAUUCAUCGUCGGUGUCCACGAAGCUAGAAACGGAAUAUCUGAAUCUCCUGGAUCAUUUCGUAUUAAGGGAACGGAGGAAGGCUCUGACCGCAGGCAAGUUUACUGAGACGCUUCCGUUGGUGGAUGAAAGAAACCUUGAACUGUCGUCUCACGUUGGAACAUGGAGUCAAUCUACUCUGAGAAGUUUGGUCGUCCAAGAAAAGGAAUUUAGGUCAUCUGGCAAUCAACGUCCUUUAAAAGGUAUUGAAUACAGCCAAGCUGGUGGCACAAAUAGACGUCUCAGCAGCUUGCAGAGAGUGCUUAGGCGAUAGUGCGAAACGGUUCAAUCGCGGUAAUCCCAUCCAUGAGCGCUGGCCAACCGGCAAUCUGUCAUGAAGUCGGGAGAAAAUACACAGGAAAAUGACCGGAAGCUACUGGGGUACGGUUGCAGGCGCGGCAGCCUCGUGAGAAAGAGCGUGGUCAGCGUGGGGCCAGCCGAAAGUGAAACAUAAGAACGAGAUCUCGGAGAUAGAUGAAGAAAGAAGGAGAAAGACGAGAGGUAGAAAAGAGAAUUUACAGAAACCUAUUCUCGAAUGCUGUCGAAUAAGCGAAGGUUUGCUUAGCACUCUCCGUUGAGAGCUCGCGUCGAGAUUCGAUUAAAACGGCGGAUAAUUAACCAAUCUCUUGCAAGAGACUUUGAUUGGGGAAAACUUUCGAGGCGUUUUUGACCCAGACGAAGAUUGACGCUGAUCCUCCCGUGCAAUUUUCCGACGAUGACUGAACUAUCCAUUUCUGACACGCUCGUUUAAUCACACUAAUUACAUUGUGAUACGCGCGACAGUUUUACCGUCGACGGUAACGUUUACUAUAAUUGAACUGUUUGGAAAUAAAAAAUA